UACACUUCCAAUUCCUUUGCUUUCUCUUCAUUAACCUCCUCACAUGUCCCACCAGCCCCCUCUCCUCUUCAAUUCAUCUCCACCCUCCAUUACUCUUCCCAUGUCCUCCCUCUUCCCCCAACAUCCAUGCCAAUCCAUGGAGAAUCCAGCAAUCCUGUCAUUCCUCCAUCAAACAUCCAGCAACAAGAGACCGAAGAUGGGUGGUUUCUUUCGGAUGUUCAAGCUCUUCCCACUCCUAACCUCUGGGUGCAAGAUGGUGGCGCUGCUGGGCCGGCCACGCAAGUCUGUCUUAACCAGAGAUGCCACCACGACGGGGACGCUGUUCGGGUAUCGUAAAGGGAGGGUGAGCCUAGCCAUACAAGAAGAUCGAAAGCAAGCGCCUGCAUUCGUUAUAGAACUUCCGAUGCUUGCAAGCACAUUGCAUAAGGAAAUGGCAUCUGGGCUGGUUAGGAUUGCACUCGAGAGCGAGACGAGAACACACAAGAAGAAGCUCUUGGAAGAGCAGGUGUGGGCCGUCUAUUGCAAUGGCCGCAAGACCGGGUAUUCCAUCAGGAGGAAGCAGACAUCCGACGACGAGCUUCAUGUCAUGCAGCUCCUACGUGGAGUUUCAAUGGGUGCAGGUGUUCUUCCAUCUCCCUCCGAGAAGGAAACUUCCGAUGGAGAAUUGACCUACAUAAGAGCCCGGUUCGAGAGGGUGGUCGGAUCAAAGGACUCUGAGGCUUUCUACAUGAUUAAUCCAGAUGGAACGGCUGGGCCCGACCUGAGUAUCUUCUUUGUAAGGAUCUAAUGCAAUCUACUGCAAUUCUUUUCAAAAAUGUAAACUACAUGCAAUCUUCUUAGUGGGAUGUAUGAAAUUCACUUACCCAAAGCCUACCUUCAAUUCUAAUGUUUUUGAUUUAUCAUGUUGCAAUAACAGCACCAUACAAGCUUUUAAUGCUUGUUUAGAGUGGAAUUAGUUA